AGACAGUGUGCAUCUCCAUACUUCUGCAUUUUCCCCCCCUUCUCUUUUCUCUUUAAUGUAGUCUCUUCCGAUAGACGAGGUGCCAAGGAUAGUGCGGCUAAUGGAGGAAUAUGUCAGCUGCUGGAGAAGAAGGAGGGUCUUUUUCGGCAAAAAAUGAUGGGAAAGAGGGUUAAUCAUGCAUGUCGGUCUGUCAUUUCUCCAGAUCCCUAUUUAGCAGUCAAUGAAAUUGGAAUUCCUCCUUGCUUUGCGCUGAAUUUGACGUAUCCAGAGAGAGUGACGCCUUGGAAUGUUAACAAACUGAAGGAGGCUAUCCUCACCGGCGGUGAGGAACAUCCCGGAGCUACACACUAUGUAGAUAAGUAUUCAAGUGUUAAAUUGCCAAAAGCUAAGCAAAAGCGAUUUGCAUAUGCAAGGAAGUUACCCACUUCGAGAGGAGUCCUUACACAAACUGGCAGGAGUGUUGAGCAAGAACUUGAAGGAAAGGUGGUGUACCGCCAUUUACGAGAUGGAGAUAUAGUGCUCGUCAAUAGACAGCCAACACUUCACAAACCAAGUAUUAUGGCUCAUGUUGUCCGUGUUCUGAAGGGGGAGAAAACACUGCGUAUGCAUUACGCAAAUUGCAGGUUUAAUAUCCUUUUUUCCUCUAUUUUAUGA